AUGAGUCCGUGGUUUUCCCCCACCAAGGUUCUCUUCUCCUACGACCACAACACUACCAUACUCUCGGAGUAUAUCAAGUCAAAGCAAGCGAUGGGGUUCAGCAAGCGAACGGAUUCCUACAGACCGAGGGAACGCCAGAACAGCAGCAGUCGUGACUCGUCUCGCCCUGCAGGUGGUGGAUCUCGAUCCAGAAAUCGACGCAGAUCUAACUCUCAGCAAGCAUCCCCUCCAAGAGGCCCUGCAGCGAGUCGCCCAUGGAAUCACAGUGGACGAAACUUCUCUGCUCCUGAUUGGGGUUACCACCGAAAUGAUGCGUCUCGUUAUGGAGAUCAACGUGGUAAAGAAGCAUCUUCCAAAGCAUUAGGAGAAAUCACCAAUCGGUCUCCCCUUCCAAGCCCCAGGGCCAGGCCUGGUCGGAGUAGGUCGCCCGAUGAUGAUGAUGACGAUGAAGAUUCACUUUUCGUAAGCGAUGGUCCAGGUCCUGAGUUUUUCGAGGACUACGCUGAGCCCGAGCCCGAGCCUCUUCCUCGCCCACGGCCGACAAUGCGACAAAUGGAAAAUCAGGAUGGACAGUCAGAGUUUCCGGACGCUUUUCACAGGCGUCCAAACCCAAUCUCAGCCUCACGUAUAGCUUCUGGCAUGUAUUUCCAAGCUAGAGGAAAGCCAAUUUUACCGCCCUUGACGGCCAAACCCAAUUCUUCCCAGACCGGGGAAAACGUCCUCAAGCCUCGAUACAUAUCGACCACCAACAUUCCAAUUGAGACACCAACCACCCAACUAAAGGCUGCUUCAAAGAAGCCCGUUAACGCCCUGUCGAAGCCGAGCGCUUCAUCUAAACCGAUUUCCCCGAAGACUGCUGCUUCAUUGACGUCUGGCACUGGCAUGCCUCUCAAGCCCCCUGUUCCCCUCAAUGCAGACAAUGACUCUAGCAGUUCCGCCCCUCAAGUCCCCAGUACCUUGGCCGUUGAAAAGGAGCCAAGUCUUUUUUCUCCAUUUUCCUUCCCGAGCAAAAGGAAAACCUCAGGAGGCGACAAAUCCGUAUAUCAGGAGCCACAGCAGAGCGUUCAUCGCCCUACUCUACCCUCGACAUUUGAUUCACUGCUUUCCAACAAAUCCAGGCCCGAGAACAAACGUGACCCCAAGUCCGACCCAGCAUCAACUCGCUCUAUCCAGAAACGCAAAGUAGGCGACCUGUUUUCCGCCGCCGAUCUCAAGAUCAUCUGGAAGCAGUGCUUCGAGCAGCGUCAACCCCCCGACCAAUCUCGCCUCGGUCACUUCGCACUUCCUAUUCCCUCAGACUCACUUCAUCUCGUUUCUCCCGCGCAGCUGGAGCGAGCCAAGCGAUACUUCGUUCCUGACAUUGUCCGAUUUGAGGUGACGCCGCUGCAGCUCGGAAAGAAGAACUCACGAUCAACUCAAGUCACUUCGAGACUGCCUCACUUAGAUCCUACUCAAAUCGUGGGCCACGAGACUAGUACUCCCGCCUAUCACAAGCUGCAGCUUCGACCUUCCACAUCCCAAACGGACGGUCUCGCCUGGCCUGUCUUAAGAGCCAUGCAAGUCGGCUGGGAGUUGACCGCACGAUGGUACAAGGAAGUCAUUGUCGACGGGGGAUGGGUCAGUCUGGGUCGUCUUGACCGCGAGGACACCGUCAUGUCGGAUGCCAUGGACAUCGAUGGCGAGAACGAGAAUGACAAGGUCAUCACCUCUCGGAACAGCAAAAACCCCAUCGGUACAGGGCUCGGUGACUUUGUCGCUAAUGAGCUGAAGAAGAAUGUGGUGAAGACCAAGCACAGCCGCGACGAACCUGAGGGUUCUUUGAAUGUCGAUCGCGAGAUUGGACGCUGGCUUGAUCACGUUUGGGGGGAGCAGGAUUAA